AAAUUUAAAGUACUUCGCUGUCUCUCCUAAUGGUCAAAUCUGAAUCACUACUUUUGGUUAAUAAAUUUGUGUGUAUAUGAAUACAAGUAUACUUUUCUAUUUUUGUUACAAAAAGACACAUUACAUUUAGUACUAUGAAACUGAAAAUAAAAAUGCGUCAUAGUCAAAUCUGUAAUCACUCAUUUUAGUCAAUAAAUCUGACUGUAUAUAUGCACAUAUUCUUUUCUAUUUUUUGUUUUUUUAGAAAACCUAUUCUUUUCUUUUUUGUUACAAGGAGACACAUUACAUUUAUUACUAUGAAGGUAUUGAUUAUUGAACAUAGCUAGCUAAAGAUGAGCAACCAGUAUCGUCACGGUUUUUCUCGUCGUCCAAGCCAGUUCACGAGUUUGUAUGUAGCAAAUCUCGAUCCACAAGUCUCUGAUGAGGCAUUGGUUCAGAUGUUCUCGGGUUUCGGAAAGAUUAUAAGAUCGGUUCGAGCAAAGGAUUUCAGAGGACAGUCGAGAGGAUUUGCUUUCAUUGAGUUUGAAAGCAGUGUAAGCGCUGAAGCCGCUGAACAAAUGAACGGAAGGUUAAUAGGUCAGAGGAUUCUAUGCGUCGAGAGGACGCCGAAGGUCGACGAAGGUGAUUACAGUACUAGAUGAGAUAAUUAAGUAACUUUAGUGACAAAGGUAUGCAGUAAUAAAAAAAGUAUGC